AUGGCAGCACAGGAAUAUUAUACGGGCACUCAGGGUGCGCAAGAGCUCCCAAGCCAUGACAACCCAAAUCUGUAUUCGCAACCAUCACAACUACCGCAACCUCAGCAUCAACAACCUCAACCAUAUCCGCGCCAACACUUUAAUGCUCCGACUUACGCGGAAACGCCUCCACCAUCCUACUCGCUAUACCCUCAACAACCAAUUCAACAACAGCAAAUGCAGGUAUACCAUCCCCCUCAGCAGCAGCGACCCGCGAAAGGACCGCAGACAACGACUGCGCCGUACCCACAAACUUCACCUGCCAUGCCAUACUUCCCACCUCCACCGCAACAACAAAACGGUUACCUAGGUGCACCUGUUCAGCACGUCCGAAGCCAUUCGCAGCCCGCACGCGUCCACUUCGCAGACCAGGAGUCCGAUCGUAGUACCGAUGUAGGCUCGAUAUCAGAUAGCGAUGAAUCGCCACGACCGCAACAGCGACAUCGUCGGCAUCACAGUCACAGUCACGACGCAGAUUACAGCGAUCGAGAGCGCGACCGCGGCCACAGACAUACUAAAACAGAUAAGAAAGACCGCAAAAUCAGAGACACUUUUCUCGGCGCCGGCGCGGGAACAAUCAUUGGCGAUGUCAUCUUUCCUGGCCUAGGCACGGCUGCUGGGCUGCUCCUCGGCGGUUACAGCGGGCGCAAGUACGCGGAACGGUCGAAGAGCGAGGAUCCGCCACAUCAUCAUAGACAUCGAGACGCGUACCGGGACGGCAAAGAAGAAGGUCGGCGAGACCGGAGGAGGAGGAGAGAUGACUACGACGAUAGCGAGGGCGAGUACAAGAGAUCUAGCAAGGCGCAUAGAAGACGCGGUGGAGGUGAGGGUUGGGACGAGAGGAGUGCGACGUUCAAAAAAGGGACGGCUGUGCGGUGA